CAGGACACACGGAGAUCAACUGACGUCACAUUUCUUAUUUAGAUCUAGAUUCUAGAUUUAGAUUUUGUUAUAAACAAAAUGGCGGAAGCUACUCUGGAAAGGCAACCUAAUACUUUCUUUUGUCAUCAGUGUAUGAGAGUAGUAGUUAUAAAUAUUCCGGCAUAUACUUGUUCAAGGUGCAACAGUGGUUUUAUUGAAGAACUUGAAAGACCUCAGCCCUCUUCCUCACCUAGUGUACAUACUUCUGAUACUGCAGCACAAAUUUCUCAAGUUUUUCCAAUUUUUGCAAAUGUAGGUACUUCUAGACAUAGACUAAAUACUCCCUCUGUUACUCGCAUUAAUGAGGAUUUUGAUGUUGAUUUGAGUGAUGAAGAUGAAAUCAGAAGUGUUGGACCUAAUGCUGUGUUUCAUUUUACAGAACCCUCACCAAAUUUACAUGGCAUUAUCAACUAUGUGAUUCAGCGUCUUGGCACUGAUUUAGCUGGUGGUGGAGGACGUAAUCCAAUAAUUUUGCAUGGGAAUCCUGGUGACUAUGCCUGGGGAGCUGGUGGAUUAGAUGCAAUCAUAUCUCAGUUGUUAAAUCAUUUGGAAGGCACAGGUGCACCACCAGCACAGAGGGAGAAAAUUGAAAAUCUUGAGCGAGUUCGUAUAAAUCAAACACAUAUAGAAAACACUCUUCAGUGUUCUAUUUGUAUGGAUGAUUUUGAGCUUGAUCUAGAAGUGAGAAAACUUCCUUGUGAUCAUUUGUACCAUCCUGAAUGUAUUAUUAAAUGGUUAGAAAUGCAUGGGACAUGUCCAGUGUGUAGAAAAGACUUGAAUGGCAUUGAUAGAACAAGAAAUGAGGAUGCUUUGGACUCCCAGUUAUUUUCUGCUUCAUUGGAUGGAGCAUCAUCUUCUUAAAAAUGCUUCCAAGCUCCUGAUGUGUAUAACAAUUGGCAGAGAUACAUUUGACUUGAAUACAGUAGAUAAGGUUUUAAUAUUUUAUUUUUUUUGGUUGUAUCAGUUUACUCACUUCUUGAAAAGUUUCAAAUGGGCAAGGAGGGAGAAGUCUCUACAGACCAAGUUUGAAUAUCUGAUCUCUACAACUGUCCAUCUUUUUUUUUUACUCCAUAAAUUUUUGUUUAAGUUUUAGGUGCUUUGUUUCUGGUGUAUAAUUUGAUCUUUAUUGCUGUAGUACACUAAAUCUGUUUGCUCCAUUGUUCACAUCAAACAAAUGCCUGGACUUGUACAGUCUGGUGAAAAUGUUCAGUUUGUGGAUAUAGUCAUGUUAUCUAUUGGUUAUAUAGUCAACUCCAUUAAUUUGAUGCUGCUGUCUUUAUACACAUAUAGUCUACCUGUGUCAUUGCUAUUGCUAAUGUUCAUUCAAGAAGUCUGUCAAUGAAGUAUUAUAAGAAACUUGUUCAAAAUAAAUAUUCAAUAAGUAUGGAGCUUCUGUCAUUCUUGUGCUCUCUAAUUACAAGACACAAGCCUCCAGGUCAGUUUGUAGGGAAAUGGAUUGAACAUAAAAUACUAACUGUUUAUUUCCAUGUACAAAAUACAAAUACAACCAUGUCAUGUAUCAGAUUGCUAUGGCAAUGGGUGAAGUUGUCAUGUCAAAGUCAUUGUGAUAGCUGUUAAAAAAUUAUUCUGUGCAAAUAAACCAAUAACACAAUUUUUUAACACUAAUUGAAAAGUUUUCUUUCAAAAGUUCUCUUCCAAUUGAUUUCAAAUACAGAAAUAAAUAAGUGUUGAAACUGCUAA